CGCCUGAUGGAUGCCUAAGGAGUAUCCGAGAAAUUCGAGCACACGCAUAGACGCCGAUUCAGACUGUGUCUCACGACUGACUGAAGAUUGAUCGCGUGGUAGCUGGGGAAAGUGCGAGAGAGGAUGGUCGACGUGAAGGAAAUCGCUGUAAAUUGAGUUAUAUAAAGAAUAUUUGAAAAAUAGUUGAAGGCUUGAUCUGAGCGAGAUCCAAUCGUUUCUUCAACUUUCUUCGGGGUUCUUGAAGGGAUUAAUUUAGAAUUAUUUUUCGCACUUGGAAAUUUACUUUCCUCGAGUCCGAAUAUUAACGCGCUCGUUAAAACUGUUUGCGAAUCUUCCAAUUCGAUUAACGACUAAGGUUGUUGGUUAUUGCAAAUGAUUGUAAUAAAUAGCGAAAUUUAUUUAUUAUUCGUGAUUUUUUUUAUAUAUACUUUUACAAUAAUAUGUACAGGGGUUCAGAUCAGAUAAUAUCUGAUCCGAGGGAUACCAAAGUAAAUAAUUGAUAAAUGUUAUACAAAUGUUAUACAAAUACAGUUUUUUUUAUACUGGUGUUUAUUUUUGUAUUAUUAUACGAUUAAAAACCAGAUUAUUCAAAGCCGUUCCAAUACUUCAAGCAGAUGUCGAUAGUGUCGGCACGUGUUUACUCUUAACCUAACCUUUAAACUUACCUGUUCCCGAUCUAAAAUCAUCAGUUGUUAUUCGAAGGAUUAAAGCAUGAAUCUGCGAGAACCGAGGAAGAAGAAGAGGACGAAGUUAAGGCAACAAUUGCCAUUUCCCAUCCCACUGAAUGACACGCAGGAAUGGCCAAUGUACACGGCGCAUCUCACAGACUUAGGAUCCUGUAUAAUUGAACCUGAAGAGAUGCACGCUGUGCAUUCUAUGGGAUUUUUUGGCAAAGGAUCGCUGUCACGCAGUUACCCGUCGUUUGACAAAGCGAGGUACGGAGCACCGCCUGUGGUUCGGAACAGACAGUGGCUUCACAGACAAAGUUGGCUCAGGGAAGCUAAGGAAUUGAACUCUAGCGACUACAAAGAUGACGAGAUAAUCGCUCACCGCGACGGAGAAAAUGUCUCGGACGAGGAGAACAUUGGCGACAUCAUAGAGAUUCCAUCGAAUUCUAUCGAAAACGGGAGUAAGCAGAGAAACGAGAUGAACGCGAGGAACACGGAGAUCGACGAAGUCACUCUGGAUUCCGCAGAGGAUGACGACAUAUGCGUCAUUGUUAACAGGGACGCGGAUGAACGUGACAUUGCUAAAAAUACGUCAAACCCUCACGGCGAUAAGAACAGCCCAGACGAGAGGAGAGAGGAGGAGGAACACUGGAAAUUGAAUUAUUACGAUUUCAAAAGCGAUUGCACAAACGAGGAUGACAAUCUGCACGGAAAGCUGUUGGUGCUGCCGGAUAGCGACUCGGACGCCGAGAACUAUUUGAAGAACGUUAAGCCGAGAAUCGAGAACGAGGGCUUCCCCAUUCGAGAGGCCCUGCACCUCACCUUCGAGGAGACGUUCUUCCUCCUUUUCGGAUUGGGCUGCUUGCAACUGAUUCACUUCGACGGCAGCCUGCUGGACAUCAACAGCGCGUGGUUGUACUUCUGCAAGGAGAAGCCAGAUUUUAUACAGAAAUAUGUGGUUUAUCAUUAUUACAGAAGCAAAGGUUGGGUGGUCAAGCCAGGCCUAAAAUAUGGUGGUGACUUCUUGCUCUAUAAAGAGGGACCGCCCUUUUAUCACGCUUCUUACAUCGUUAUAACGGAAGUAGUAGAUGCAGACUCUUUAGUUGUAGAUCCUAUCGUGCCCUCGCGAUCCAGAACGUGGAACAGUUUGUUCGGAUUUGAAAGGCUCUCCGAAACUGCUGCUAAGGAAAUACUUUUCGCGCAAGUCUUGUGGCCGUCGUCGGUGUCUCGGGACGUCAGCGCGAGUAGUCCCAAAAUACUUUCCGAAUUCACGGUGAGAGAAUUGCUCUGGCGUCGAUGGAAUCCGAAACAGCAUAGGGAAGAUGUCCCCGUCGAAGAGGAGGACGAGGACUCGUGCUGAAGGAUUUUCUAAUCAUUUAUAUAUUUCGUAAAGUAACCCUUGGUCAAUUUAUAUAUCAAUUUUUUUGCAAUAACAGUAAUAUACA